UUGCAGGAGCAUCAUGAAUUUGACAAAUUAUUCCAGUAUGGAAGAAAUCCCUUUGGAGGAUGUCGAUAGAACCAGCACAGAAUACAGAGUGCUUAUGGCUUAUGCCCAGCGUCGAUUGUCCGCUAGCAAAUACUGGCAUCUUUUAGAAAGGGAAGCGAAAGGCCAGGAUGGAUCAUCUCUAGGCAGAGAGAAGAGGCAAGGUAAGGAGAAGUCACGUCAAGGCUUGUCUCCCAAGGACCAAGAACAGCCUACCAGAGACAGGAGCAAGAAGAAGAGGAAGAAGUCCCAUUGCAAGUUCUUUCGCUUUCCUUCCUGUCUAAGGGCGCAAGCUGAAGAGGAUUCUGGGAAGAUGUUCAGAAGGGGUGAUGCUGUAAAUGGGCAUGCACUAAGCCUGCAGGCGGGUGUUGGAAGUGGCUCUGCUUUUUCACUAGAAGAGCAAGGUGAUUCAGACAUCAAUGUUGUGGUAGACAGGCUUGCUGAAAUAGUUGAUAAUUCCACGCCAUUCCCUCAAAGGACAGGAUUCAAAGCACUGGAACACACUCUGAGCCUAGAAGCAGAUGGCGGGUGUGCUACCAAACCCGAAAAUGAAGAUGAUGUUGAAAAAGAUGAGAAAGAAAAGUUAAUAAAAGAAAUAGUUGCCUUGUUAAGAGCAUCAGGAGAUAAACUGCAGGAAAAGGUGCAAAAUGACAGGACUUUCUUUCAGUGUGCCUCAGAACUGAUGUCCUAUGGAUUCUUCAGUAGAGUUGCCGAUCAAUUCCUAGAGGAGAUACCUGCAGACUCUACAGCAGACUCUGAGGUGCAAGCACAAAGUAUCAAAGUUGCUUUUGCUAUUGAAGUCACAACUAGACUCACUGCUAUAGACAACCAUCCCAUGAACACCAUACUGGGCUUUGGAACAAAAUACCUCAAGGAAAACUUCAGCCCUUGGAUCCAUAGUCAAGGUGGAUGGGGAAAAGCUUUAGGAUUACCAGACCAAGAAGAAGUAGAAUGAUGAAAGCCUGUGUCCUUCAUGAGACAUCUCUUAAUUUGGAAGUGGAAUCGGGGAUGGCUGAACAAUCGUUUCCCUUAAAUCAAAAGACUUACAGUAGUUGGUUUCAAAUUGGCACUGAUAGUUCAGUGCAUGUGCAAUAGGAACAUGCUGCUUUUGUGAUGCUGGUACAUUUUGCAAGUCACAGCAGGUUGUGGCAUUUUUAGUCCUUUGGUUAACAUGCUUCAAUGACACAUUGUUUGGGUGGAGAAACCUCUCAGUACUUUUGUGCAAGAGACAUCUGUGUAGGUAUAAAUGGAAAGUAAUCAUAAUAAUAAAACCUAUAUAAAAAAAUGGAGAUCUCAGGAGUAGGAUUGAUGGGUUCAGCAUGGGACCAGGGCUCCUAGUUUUUUAAUGGGUGCUUGGAAGACAGAGAUUAGUCAGCUACAGUUUCUUCCAUUGUUGUAGCCCAGACUCGCAGAGAAGUGUGUUUACGUUACAUUGUGUAACAUUACUGAGCCAUACCACUUGAGACCUGGUGGGGGAAGAGAAUAAUUGAAAGUUUUCCCCUGUGAAAAUUCCCUUGCAUUCAUUUCCAAUGAACCUCCUUCAUUGGAGGUUAUUAAGCAGAAGUCAGAUGGACGUCUGUCAUGGAUGCUUUAAUUGAGAUUCCUGUAUCGCAGGGGUUGGACUAGAUGACCCUGGGAGUGACAGGAGUAUCUUGAAGCAGGAUAUUGAGGCAGGACAGCCAGAAAGUAGAUGCCCAGGCAGC